GGAACUGGACACUGCUGGAACAAGAUACACUGUGCUGCAAUGCUGGCAGCUGCUCAGGCAGCCUGCACUGCUCCUCUUCUCUGGGCUCAGCUCCUGGGGACAGCACAUCGUGCCAUGGCCAGCAGCCUGCUCCGCGUUCCCCCGCCGGCGGAGCUGCUGCGGCCCCUGGCCGUGCCGGAGAGGCUGCUGCUCGGGCCGGGGCCCAGCAAUGUGCCCCGCCGCAUCCAGGCUGCGGGCGCUCGGCAGCUCCUGGGCCACAUGCACCCUGAAGUGCUGCAGGUAAUGGAUGAGAUCAAGGCAGGUAUCCAGUACGCCUUCCAGACACAGAACCAGCUGACCCUGGCCAUCAGUGGCAGCGGCCACUGUGCCAUGGAGGCUGCCCUCUUCAACCUGCUUGAGCAAGGUGACACUGCCCUGGUGGCCAUCAACGGCAUCUGGGGACAACGCGCCGCCGAUAUUGCCAGGAGGCUGGGAGCCAAUGUCUAUGAGCUGCUGAAGUCCCCGGGCAAGUAUUUCACUCUGCAAGACAUCGAGCAGGGCCUGGUGCAGCACAAACCUUUGGUGCUCUUCAUCACCCACGGCGAGUCCUCCACGGGGGUGCUGCAGCCACUGGAGGGGCUGGGCGAGCUGUGCCACCGGCAUGGCUGUCUGCUGCUUGUGGACGCAGUGGCAUCGCUUGGGGGAGCCCCCAUCUUCAUGGACCAGCAGGAGAUCGAUGUCCUGUACUCGGGGUCCCAGAAAGUCCUCAACGCACCCCCUGGCAGUGCCCCCAUCUCAUUCAGUGAGCGAGCCAGGGAGAAACUGCUGAGGAGGAAGACAAAGCCCCCAUCCUUCUACCUGGACAUGGGCUGGUUGGCAAACUACUGGGGCUGUGACGGUGAGCCGCGGAGGUACCACCACACGGCACCCAUCAACAGCUUCUUCAGCUUGCGGGAAGGCUUGGCCAUGCUGGCAGAGCUGGGCCUGGAGAGCUCGUGGGAGCGACACCAGACCAACUGCACCCAGCUGUGCCAGGGGGUGCUUGACAUGGGGCUUGAGCUCUUUGUGGAGGAGGAGUGUGCUGGGGUCACCAGGGGCCGUGGGACUGAAACCAGUUCCUCUCUUCCUCAUCAGAAGGCCAGACUUCCCACCAUCACCACUGUCAGGGUGCCUGAGGGCUACAACUGGAAGGACAUCACGGCCUUUCUGAUGGACAACCACGGCAUGGAGAUCGCUGGGGGCCUGGGCCCCACGGUGGGCAAGGUCCUGCGCAUCGGCCUCAUGGGCUGCAACUCAAGCAGUGCCAACGUGGAGCGAGUGCUGCGAGCCCUGCGAGAUGCGCUGAGGUGCUGCCAGCGCAGCCGGCUGUGACACCCCCGGCACGGGAAGGGGGCCUGGCACUGCCUGCAGGCAGCACAGGGACCCCGCAGCAGCCAGCAAGACAAGGCACAGCGGAAAGAAGGGGCCGUGGGGGAGAGGGAUGUGCUCGGUAGAUUAAGACAUGGCUCGAAACUGCUUCUCCCAUUACUCCCCAAUGGCGUGGCCCCUCAAUUCUUCCCCUUGCCCUGGCCCCAGUGACAGUAAAUCAUAGAAAAUCUGGGGAGGUAGAAAGAAAGUUAGGCUUGGCGAGCCCUGGGGAAAGUGUUAAAAGUAGGCCCUGGGGAAUGUUAGGCCUUGUCUUGCUAAGAUCAUGUGAAACUGCACCUGUAAUAGUCAGUAUAUGAUAAAUGAUGUAAUUGUUAGAUGGGAUUAGAUAGAAUUAUUGUUUAAAGAAUCAUGAGAAACUAUGUUAGGGGUUUGGGGGGAUCAUGAGAAAUCCAUGCUUGGGUAAAAUCAAUACAUACAAUAGAACAAUGUAAGUUUAAUAAUUAAUAGGAAAGUUAUAUAACAAUAAAGUAUAAAAACAUGUUCAACUCAAAACCAAGUCAGGUCAGAUUUGAGUCUGUGUACCCCUGACACCCAGAGCUCUUGAUAAAGCACUGUCAUAUAACCA